AUGGAAAGCAUCCAGACACAUCCCUCCAACGCCGCGCAGGCAAAGGCCUUCACUGCACCUGGCUCGCUGUCGUUCCCUGGAGCUUCCAACGAGCUCACGCCGCCGUCGAACAAUGGCGACGCGAUGCACCGAGCAGCUGCCAGCGGCCAGCAAGCAGCCAACGGAAAUGGGGUGACUCCCGCUACUCCUGCUGCAACGCCAUCUGCGACGCAAGGCCCCAGCGGCAUUACCCCUACUUUGCAGAAUAUCGUUGCCACCGUCAAUCUCGAUUGCCGCUUGGACUUGAAAACGAUUGCCUUGCAUGCACGGAACGCCGAGUAUAACCCAAAGCGUUUCGCUGCCGUCAUCAUGCGCAUCCGUGAGCCAAAGACGACUGCUCUGAUCUUUGCCAGUGGAAAGAUGGUGGUGACUGGUGCCAAAUCUGAGGAUGACUCCAAGCUCGCCUCAAGAAAAUAUGCUCGCAUCAUUCAGAAGCUCGGUUUCAAUGCCAAGUUUACAGACUUUAAGAUCCAGAACAUUGUGGGCUCCUGCGACAUCAAGUUUCCCAUUCGCCUGGAAGGCCUGGCCUCUCGCCACCACAAUUUCAGCUCCUACGAGCCGGAACUUUUCCCUGGUCUCAUCUACCGCAUGAUCAAGCCCAAGAUUGUCCUCCUCAUCUUCGUGAGCGGCAAGAUUGUUCUCACUGGAGCAAAAGUGCGCGAGGAAAUCUACCAGGCUUUCGAGAUGAUCUACCCUGUGCUGCAAGAUUUCCGCAAAGUAUAG